GAUGACGAGACCAAAUUAUUGAAUUAUUCUGAAUGCACACAUUACGCAUUCAUUGUGUACUGUAGUACAGUUAGUUUUGUUUAGAUUUCUCUGAUAGGGAAUAUUGGAUUCUUAAUGUAUAUCAACAGUAGUUUAGUUUCUAUUGUAAAAAUUAAAUUAACUUAUCUCUUUUUCUUUAAAGGUGAAUUAUCUCGCGGCACAAUGUGGACACACCUGUGGGGACACUGUUCGCCGAAUUAUGGCAAAGCUUGGGACAAACAAGCUGUGGUCCUUAUUUAGUUUUAAAGGCCGGAAAGGAAAACAAGCUUUUAAAAGUUUGAAGUUGUGCAAUAUAAUUAUAAGUAAGUAAUACUCAUCAUUCAUUUGGUAUAUAUAGUUAGCAUUAAACGAAGAUUGGAAUAUAUGUAAAGCAUGAUAUGGAUUAACCAGCCCAAUAUUAUAAUAAUAUUUCUAGUCCUCUGCCCAGUUCUUUAUAAAUAUUUGUAUUAUAACUGGCGAAUAUCAACCAAUAAAAGAUAGAAUGAAGUUUUAAUGUAUAACAAUGACUUUUCUCUUUUAUUUUUAAUUAUUUUUAUGAAUUAAAAUUAUUUAAAAUUCAUUUAAAUGCUCUGAAGAUGUUGUAUUGUGAAGAAGAAAACCAGUUAACUAAUAGCUAGUGCAAUCGCCUUACUAAUAAUAUUGGUAUUUUUUCAGAGGCCUGUAUGAGGAGCCACCAGAAAGCCACCGAACUCAGUGUUGAAGAGCACAUCUCAGAGACCCUGAAGCAUGCUCCAAACAAGCCUGGUGGUUCAAGAUAUCGGGUAAAUUUAGCAUUUUGUUUACAGUGUAACCUACAUUACUAAGUCAUGAUAUACGUUCUGUGAUAUAUCGUGUGCGUGUGUGUGCGUGUGUGCACGCAUGCGUGUAUAUAUUUAACAAUUAUUCACCGAAGUGGAGGUGAAUGGUGCAAGAAUAAUCGCAGAGACGCGAUGUUUUGGCACUACCCACCUCCCGAAUAUAUGCCAAAUCGUAUACAUCUAAAUAUUGUUUAAUACGUUUUUGUUCAUAUAGGUCGUGGACGAGUCUCAAGAGAAAGAGAGAGAUAAUAUUUAA